UUCUCUUUUCCUCUCCACCUAUUUCUUUGAUCAAAUACUCUUUCCAAGUUUGGUUUUGUAAGAAUGUCCGAACCCGAAAUGAAAUUCACCAAAAAUUAUUUCUUGGUCGAUCCGAACAAAGCCAGCUUUCUCGAUCUGCUACUCGUUUUGUUCACAUCCGAUCUAUCGAAGAGAAAGUUCGUAGACUCUCCACCCGAGACUCUUGGAACUAGCCGAAGCACUUUCACGAGCAGAUUUAUCAUUUUCGCCGCGGUUGUUGUCCAAAAAAUCCUCAUUUUCUUGAGAAAACCGCUUGCGAAAUUGGGUGGUGCUUUUACCUUUUGGCUUAAUCUUCUCGAUAACAAUGGAGGGUUCUUCAAGUUGAUAGUACACCUUUUGACUGGAAAAGUGGUGUGGCCGAAGGAAUCAUCGGCAACGUACACGUCGUUCAUCGGAUCCUCGGACAGGAGAGUGGAGUUAGAUGCUAAGAUGAACGUUGGUUCGGAAGAGUACAAGUCCAUGCUGUCCCUCAUGGCUGCAAAGGUUGCGUACGAGAAUCAAGCUUUCACCACUUCCACGGUCCGAAACCAUUGGAAGAUGGAGUAUUUGGAUUUCUACGAGUGUUACAACGCGUACCAAGAACUUAAGCUCACGGAAGCAUUCAUGUUCAAAGCUUCGGAUUCGAAUCUCAUUGUCGUUAGUUUCAGAGGAACAGAACCUUUCAACUCUGAUGAUUGGUGCAGCGAUCUCGAUAUCUCAUGGUACGAAUUAAAGAACGUGGGAAAAGUCCAUGCAGGGUUCAUGAAAGCCCUAGGCCUUCAAAAGAACGGAUGGCCUAAAGAGAUAAUUCAACUCUUGAACAAAUACGCUUACUACGCGAUCCGACAAAAGCUAAGAGACAUGUUCAUCUUGGACAAGACGUCAAAGUUCAUAUUGACCGGGCAUAGCCUCGGUGCUGCGUUGGCCGCUUUGUUUCCCGCGGUUUUGGCGAUCCAUGGCGAGGACAAGCUGUUGGAUCGGUGUGAGGGAGUUUACACGUUCGGACAGCCGAGGGUUGGAGAUGAACAAUUCGGGGAAUUCAUGAAGGGUGUUAUGAACAAGCAUGAUAUCAAGUACAAGAGAUUCGUGUAUUGCAAUGACUUGGUGCCAAGAAUUCCCUUUGACGACACUAUGUUGUUCGGGUUCAAGCACUAUGGACCUUGCAUUUACUUCAAUACUCUCUACAAAGGGAGGGUGUGUGAGGAUCAACCGAACAAAAACUACUUUUCUAUAUUGUGGUUCAUACCAAAGUUAUUAACCGCGGUUUGGGAGCUUAUAAGGAGCUUCAUAAUACCGUUUUGGAAGGGAAAAGACUUCAAAGAGAAUUGGUUGAUGAGGCUUAUUAGGGUUAUGGGUUUGCUGCUUCCGGGUGCAUCCGACCAUUUCCCUUGCGACUACGUAAGUUCCAUGCGUCUCGGAGGUUUGCCUCAAUCAUCUCCGGACGAGAAGUUAUCCCUCAUUGUCUGAAGACAAAAGAUCAAGCAAAAGAAUCUGCAAAAAGUCUUUUUAUCUUAUGAUUACGAGUUUGAUGUCUGAAAUAAAUGUCGAGUUUGUCAUAAGAACUUUAUUGGUCGGUUGAAUAAUUGUUCGGUCUUUUACUUGGUUUCUAUCCGCUAAUUAAGAACAACCUUUAGCAUUUUAAA